UAUGAAGUCCUCUAUGUUUGACAAUAUAGUAAACAACUUUCAUUUAUACUUUCGAAGUUAAAAAAUAAGUUCAACGAUCGCCAUGAAAUGCUUCAUCGUAUUAUAUAUCAUUAUGAAUAUAUUCAACGUAUUCGCCGAUCAACACCUCGACUACAUCAUCGGAGAAGAACUGCUGGGUCCCAUUGCCAGUGAAAGUGCAAAGUUUUCGUGUCCGGAACCGAACCCCACAGACGAUUGCAGUUGCAUGCACGCAAUCACCGAUUACGAGAUCCAAUGUCCGAUUGUGAAUCCCGAAAUCAUCGUCAAGAUCAAACCAGAAGCGUACGCUCAAGUGCAAUGCUAUGAUCGACACGAUCUCGGCGCGUUACCAACAUUGAAGGCGGGCAACACAACGCAGGUGAAAGUGAUCCACUGUCCGCUUCCAGAGGACAAAUCGAUUCUUCAGCUGGUGAGUUUUCUUGGGGUGCAAAAUGUGAAGGAUUUUUGGUACCAAAGCUACGGAAAGGAUUCCGGAGUGCAGCUGCUCAGACCACACUUUGCCGGAAUGCAAAAUCUGGAAAAGUUGUUCCUUAGUGCGGGAAUCGAUCAUAUACGACCGGAUUUGUUCGCGGAUUUACACAGUUUGAAAUGGAUGGUUUUGCGUGGAAACAAUUUAACUCGCUUGGGAAACGUUUUUCAGAAUUUGACAGAUUUAGUGAUUUUAGAGUUGGGAGCGAAUCAGAUUACCGAAUUGGAGGCAGGAUUUCUUCAAAAACAGUCAAAGCUCCGCCAUUUGAACCUAUGGCAUAAUGAAAUUCGAACGGUCGAUAAGCAAACAUUUUAUGGAGUAGAGUCACUCGAAGAGCUUGAUUUAUCAGUCAAUUUGAUAGAUUCCCUGGAUAAAGAUGUUUUCUCUGGGUUUGAGAAGUUGUCCACGUUGAAUCUUGGAUUCAACAAUUUUAGUAGUUUUCAGGCAGGAUUGUUAUCUUCUAAUCGUUAUCUGAAGGAGUUCAAAAUGAUCAACAAUCUUAAACCGAUUACGAUUCUUCCAAGUGAUUUUCUUCGGAAUCUUCCUAUGUUGACCAGUGUGAUUCUUAGUCGAAACGGGUUUUCUGAAAUUCCAGAAUCAAUAUUUUUCGGCUCGUCAGCGCUCCUUCAUAUCGAUUUGAGCUAUAAUAAUUUUCGAUAUCUCCCGGAAGUAUUAUUACGAGAUCAACAUUUACUAAAGAAUUUAAACGUAGCUUAUAACAAGCUGGAACUUCUACCAGACAAGCUGCUGGAAAAUGCGUCGGAACUUGCGAUACUUGAUUUAUCGUUCAACAGACUUCAUAACAUUUCCGCGAAAUGUUUUUCAUCCUUAGAUAAACUCACUGAGCUCCACUUGGAGAACAACAAUCUUCUAGUAAUCGACUUGAUUGCAUUCUCCGAAGUAGUGAAUCUGCAAAAUCUUUUCCUGCAAAAUAACUUUUUGCAGUAUUCUGGAAGCAACACGAAAUCCCCAUUCCAGUAUCUGAAUAAUUUACGCACUUUGAACCUCAUGAACAACAGCAUUGACGUCAUGCUACACGACUGGAACUUCAAUACAAUUCACCUCCGUGAGCUGGACCUGAGCUUCAAUCAGUUCACUCGGUUAACGUAUCUCAAUCUACAUUUCAUAUCUCGCGACAUUCGUAUCGAUCUUACAAACAAUCGAAUUGCUGUAGUCGAUAUGAACGAUUUCCAAGCUCCGUCAUCAUUGCAGCAUACCAGCAAGACAGGAAAAAUCUUGGUUAAUCUUGAAGGUAACGAAUUUGAUUGCAACUGCCAUAUGUUAUCGUUCGUCCAAUACAUUCAGAAUCACGAAUCACCAACCAAUCAAAGAAUUCGCUUUGUUACGAACAAUUUACAUUGCUUUGAGCCAGAGAAUCUUCAAUUGGUAGACAUUUCCGAUGUUUCAACCGAGGAUCUCACUUGUCCGUUGAAUAAAACAAACUGUCCAACAGAGUGUCACUGUUUUCAGCGACCAAUCGACCUUACGGUUAUUGUCAAUUGUACUGGUCGCGAACUAGUUCGAAUACCGGAUCUUCCGCAUCCGAACAAGCUUGAGUACAAAUUUGUCGAGCUGCACAUUGAAAACAACAAAAUUACAGAGUUACCCUCGGGUGGUUUGUCAGCAGUUUCCAAACUGUACGCGCGCAACAACUCGAUUUCCAAUUUGCAAAACACGUCCAUUCUGGAUAGUCUUCGUAUUCUUGACCUUUCCUUAAAUCAUUUAACGACAUUAGACGUCAAAACCAUCCAAAAUCUCAACAAAAGUCGCACAUUGGAACGCUUGCAUUUGGGUUCAAAUCCUUGGCAAUGUGACUGCAGUUCAGUGCACUUCCUGGAGUUUGUCCAGCAGACCUUUCACCUGAUUGUCGAUACCAACCACAUCACAUGCCCAAACGGCGAACGACUAGCGAACAUCUCAAUAAGCAAUCUUUGCAAGGAUCACUGGACAAUGAUCAUCGCGGUCUGCCUCAGCGUCCUUCUACUAGGGCUAUCCGUCGGUAUUUGCGCUUCCAUCUGUUUUGCUUACCACAAUGAAAUAAAAAUAUGGCUCUUCAAGCGGAACCUGCUGCUAUGUUGGGUAACCGAACAGGAACUGGACAAGGACAAACGGUUCGAUGCGUUCAUAUCCUACUCGCAUCACGACGAAGACUUCGUUGCAAAUCAUUUGGUACCGACCCUGGAGCAACCGCCGAUGAACUUUCGAACGUGUUGGCACAUGCGCGAUUGGACUCCCGGAGAGCUGAUCGCCGAACAGAUAGAUCGAUCCAUCAGCGAGUCCCGCCGAACGAUCGUGGUUCUGUCGAAGAGCUUUCUGGAAUCGGUAUGGGCCCGGAUGGAGUUCCGGACGGCACACUUGAAUUCGAUCGCCGAAAGACGUACCCGGGUGAUUGUGAUUAUGUACGAACAUUUUGGCGACAUCGAACUGCUGGAUGCGGACCUGAAGGCAUAUCUGCGAAUGAAUACGUACAUAAGGUGGGGAGAUCCGUGGUUCUGGGAUCGGUUGCAGUACGCGAUGCCACACCCACCGUACGUUCGAGGCCUGAAGAAAGUGCGAUGUGCAAGAAGCUACGAGAUAGGACUGCUAGAGGACCGACAGGAUGUUUCGAAGUCACAGAUAGUUGCGUAUGACGAGCAUCGUGGGUACAUUAAUCCGAUGUUAAGCCACUCGUUAGGCAGUUCGAUGGAGGAAUUAGAUGGAACGAACAAUUUCGAGGGUAUAAACAUUAUCGACAGUAGGUACUUGGAUGAACUGUUUAUAAUAAUAACUAAAGAAAGUGAAGUAUAAUCGAAUGAUUGUGUUCGGAGAUGUACGAAAAUAGCUUGACAAGAAGCGAUACAUAUGGUUAAUAAACAAACAAGUAUACAGAAAUGAUAAGUUUAGCGUUUCUUUUCCGAAAGAUACUCUUUUGAUCCAGAACAUGAACAGUACGAGAAUCGACACAACACACAACUAUUACUAAUUACUGAUAUUUGAUUGAUUUGAGUUGAUUCAUUUAUGAAAUGUUGAUACUGCCGUAUACGGAUGAAACCCGAAAUUCCUACCAACCAAAUACUUUCAAUAAUAAAUCACCAAACUGAUCAUCGGAUCAGUUCGCCGUGAAUAACAUCCCACUGACAAAGGCAUGAUACCCAUCACUCAAUCAUUCCAAUUUGAAAAGGCUCACAAUAAUCGUCUGU